UUUAACGAACAAAUCCGUUCGGUGCGCGUCGUCAUUUCCGGUUUCUUUGUGCUCGGAGCAGACAGGUGUUCUCCAGGUGUCAGGUUAACGCGCGCGCGCUCUUCAGGAUGAACGACUUGGCGCGCGUUCAAGAGUCGGUCUUUUUUUUCGUUCUUUUGCGCAUGCGCCCAGCGCGCCGCACAUCCGCCCGCUAUAUGAGACCGAACUCGGGCAUGUUUUAAUAAAAAAAAAACACAGUGUUCGGGAUGGACGGGACCGAGGCGACCCGGAGGAACUGUACGAGAAGCGAGCGGUCGCGGAUCCGGGAGCGGACAAAAAGCGGCUCGAAGGACCGCGUGACACUGAAGAAGGAAAUCGGUUUGAUGAGCGCGUGCGCUAUUAUUAUAGGUAACAUCAUUGGCUCAGGUAUUUUCAUCUCUCCAAAGGGGGUUCUGGAGCAUGCCGGCAGUGUGGGCCUCUCACUUAUCGUCUGGGUCCUCGGUGGUGGCAUUUGCGCUCUGGGGUCAUUGUGCUACGCUGAACUGGGUGUCACCAUCCCUAAAUCUGGGGGAGAUUACUCCUACGUGACAGAAAUCUUUGGAGGACUGGUGGGGUUCUUGUUGCUUUGGAGUGCAGUAUGGAUAAUGUAUCCAACCACACUGGCUGUAAUUGCUCUCACUUUCUCAAACUACGUUUUGCAGCCGGCUUUCCCCAACUGCCUUCCUCCCUUUAUCGCCACUCGCCUCUUGUCCACUAUCUGCAUCUUGCUGCUGACAUGGGUGAACUGCUCAAGUGUUCGCUGGGCUACACGCAUCCAAGAUUUCUUCACCAUUGGGAAACUGCUUGCUCUUGUUUUGAUUAUUAUAGUGGGCAUGGUCCAAAUUUGCAAAGGGCACUAUGACGCUCUGGAGCCUCAAGCAGCAUUCGAGUUUAUCCGAGAUCCUUCAGUAGGGCAGAUUGCUCUGGCUUUUCUGCAGGCCUCGUUUGCCUUUAGUGGCUGGAAUUUCCUCAAUUAUGUCACUGAGGAGGUGGUGGAGCCUCGCAAGAAUUUGCCACGUGCUAUCUAUGUCUCUAUUCCUCUGGUCACAUUAGUGUACACACUCACCAACAUUGCCUACUUCUCCUCCAUGACCCCAGAGGAGCUGCUUGCGUCGAAUGCUGUCGCCGUGACGUUUGGUGAGAAGCUGUUGGGGAUGUUCUCCUGGGUCAUGCCCAUUUCUGUGGCACUGUCCACAUUUGGUGGGAUUAAUGGAUACCUGUUCACGUCCUCUAGGUUAUGUUUCUCCGGAGCAAGAGAAGGACACCUGCCAUACCUGCUGGCUAUGAUCCAUCUAAAGAACUGCACACCCAUCCCAGCGCUGCUUGUUUGUUGCACUGCAACCAUCAUCAUCCUCUGUAUUGGCGAAACCCACAACCUGAUCAACUAUGUGUCUUUUAUAAACUACCUCUCAUACGGCGUGACCAUUGCCGGCCUGCUCUUCUACCGCUGGAAGAAACCCAAUCUCGUCAGACCAAUUAAGGUGAAUUUGCUGGUUCCCAUUAGUUAUCUGGUAUUUUGGGCCGUGUUGCUGUGCUUCAGUCUGUACUCGGAGCCUGUGGUGUGUGGGAUGGGGCUGGUCAUCAUGCUCACCGGAGUCCCUAUUUAUUUUAUCGGAGUGCAGUGGUCACAAAAGCCACGCUGGAUCUACAGUGCAGUGGAGCGUGUGACGUAUAUAGGCCAGAAGCUGUGUUACGUCGUGUUCCCCCAGGACGAUCCUUCCGAGACAGAGCCUCUCACAGAGAAAACUGAGUCGGAGCUCUGAAGCGUCAAACCUUCCAGGGAAAAUUUGUCCCCUGUUAUUUUAAAUAAUAUCAAGGGGUCAAAAAGCCCACCCAGAAAAGCAGCAGUUAUUAACUCAGAGUUUCUUGUGCAGGUAAUGAGACGGAUUUCUCUACGGUGCUCUAGGUUCCAAUUUCAGUUGUUGUUUUUUUUUUUUAAGUGUAAAGAAAGAGAGGCCUUUUGAGGGCAACGCAUAUUGUCUUUUUAUUAUUCCGAGUCUUUUCCGCUGGCUGCGGAUGUUGGAAUGUGUAAAACGAGCCCUUUUGUCCUCGCAAAAGGAACUGGUUUCCACCAACCUCCUCUCGUUGCUACCUGGAGGCCUGAUUUAAAAUACUGUGCAUGUGUUCUCUUGAGCCAUGCAGGAUCCUUAGUUUUUUGUUCUUUGUUUAUUAACGACUACCGGCCAAUAACCUUCAGCUGUGUGUAAGAGAUUGUGAGUGUGUGUCUGAACAUGUCUGGGUUUUUUUUUUUUUUUUUGAUAUACAGUCCCUGUAGCCAUAAAUCCAUAAGUUGUACCACAAAAAAUAUGCAUACAUUUAAUUUUUUUUUUUCUUAAGAUCAGCUUUAUCAGGUGUCCUUAAAACUGGUGUGUACUUUUUAAGCAAGAUGAAACUUUUCAUUUUUGAUACUUUUGAGCAUUUCUGUAGCAGAUAAAAGCCUUUCGAAGAAAAAUAAUAUUCAAGUACAACACUUACUUGAAACAAUACUCUUAUCAUCAAAGUUGCUUUUACUGUUUCAUAAGAGUAAUAAGAGUUAGGAAGAACCAUUUUCUUUUUUAUAUACAUUGUGUAUUAUUUUUAUUACCGUUAUUUUCAUAUCAGCAUAAGAUGGUGAUAAUGCUGAUCAUUUUAAAACCAUUCGAAAAAUGAUUAGACAAUUUUUUAAUGGAAAUAAUUUAUCAUUUUACCAUAUACAUUCUCACCUGCACAUUCUCUGCUUACUGGCUACUUUGUUAUCUUAGCAGUGAAUGUUACUGUCAACUAAGAAUUAAUGUUAGAUAAUUUAUUUAAGUUGUAAUCGCUUAAAAUAUUUAGUAUUAGUAAAGUAUGUCAAUGUAUAUUAUUUACAGAACAGAUAUUAGCAGCUUUAGUGAUAACACUCUCAUUUUCUUAAGUUAAGAAGACACAAUAUUCUGAUUUAUUUAUUUUUCUCAUAGUGGUAGGUCAUUUUCAACUUCGACAUCUUCAUGCACAAAUAUUUAUUAUAUUCAAUUUUUAUUUCUUAGAACUAUUCGUCCCAAUCACAGAAAUAUGCUCUCUACAGCAUGCAUAAUGCACUCCAUGACCGACAAACCUUCAUUUUGGAAAGAAAAGUUGCAGAUAGAAACAUCACAGAAGGAAUAUUAAGGGAAUGGAAAGAUAAGUAGGGAAAAGAAAGAAGGCAAAUAUUUAAACAGCUAAAAAUAAUUAUUUUAUUUGGCAUGAAGCCAAAAUAUCUCACACUUUGUUUCUUCAGUAAAGUUCAUGUAUUAGUUUUUAGUGAGCGCUUUAUACUUAUUAGGGGUGUGGAAAGUCUAUGCAAAAAAGUCUGUAAAAAACAAAAGGUGAGGUGCAAAAAAACAUCCUGGAUCCGGAUGCUUGUUCGGAAAAUGUAUAAAUUUUGAAAAUGCCAUUUUAAAAAACCUACUCAAGUAAUGUUACUUUACAGCUCACCUUAUUCAUACCUAACUAAUUAUUCCUACAACAAAGUUUGCACAUUAAUAAGCAAUGAUUAUUUAAUAAUUGUUUAAAUUGUUUUAAUUGUUACUUUGUGACCAACGUGAGUUUUAAAGAAAAGAUUUGUAACUGUACAUGCUGUUGCAGAAAUAUAUAAUUCUAAAAAAAAGGCUUUCAUUAAUAAUUUAUUAAAACAGUUCAUUCAGUCAUCAUAUGCAACAUUCAGAUAUUUUUUUUAAAGACAAGCUCUCUCUGCUGAUGUGCAUUCAUUCCUCACGUUAACGUUAGCAUGCAGGAUAAAGUUACACUAUGUUCAAUCUAACAAGAAAAACAAGUCAUGUAGUUUGUCACUUGUGGGCGUGGCCUGUCGAGCAUUGUUUUGUUAUUUCCAAUGAGAAAUGGUUGAAGCUACACGUCCAAAAGCUAACUUAUGAAACACUAUUUAAAUAAGUCAGUAGUCAGGAUGAAAUCUAGUUGUUUAUGUGAUGCGCUUGGCUUUGUACUAGCUUUGUUGGCUAAUUAGAAGCUGUACUAGCUACUCACUAGAGACGCUAACGAUCUUUGCUAUUUGCUUGGCUUUGUGACUUGCACUUAGGUAAAAAAAAAAAAUGCUCGCCUGCUAGUUUGUCGUCCGUUUGUGUGAACAUUGUGUUGCUCAUUCAGUACUACAGACAGAUGUGUCCUGAAAAGUUGUCAGGAUGUAAAUAUGUGUUAAUGCUACAGCUGCCUCUUAAUGAAGAUCAUGCACUUGUUGUUGUUGUGUGUGUGUGUGUGUGUGUGUGUGUUUACCAUAUUAUUAAUAUCAAUUAAUUGAUUAUUUUGAUUAAGAUUUGGUUCUAAUGCUGCAUUCAUGACUGAGUGUCAAGUUGGAGGUUUACGACUUCUGAUUGUAACAUAGUUAUCACUCAGAACAUCUGAGAAGAUUCUGACAUUAUUCAUCAUGUAUGAAGAAUUCUGUGAUGUCAUUGUUGCACCCAUAGUGCUGUAUAUCUAGAGUUAAAUGUUCAUAUUGUGCUAUGUUCCCAGCAUUAUAGGUUUCAAAGGCUCUAUGGUCCCAGAACCAUAUCCACGUUUCAGAAACCCAAUGCAUCUUAGUUUCCAGGGACCCUGUAUACAGUUUUUUGUUCCCAUGACCAUUUAUAUAUGUGUUUCUAUGUUCCCAGUACCCAAUGUACCUUCAUGUUUGUUUCAAGGACCCUAUGUGCCUAUAAUCUAAUAAUGCCAGUAUUACAUGCUUCCAAAAAUCUGUGUAUAUACAGUUCUAUGUUCACAGGGCCUUAUCUACUUGUGUCUAUGUUUCCAAGAAAUACCAAGUAUGCUAAGUAUCUUUGUGUCUAUCUUUCCGGUUCCUGUAUCUAGAAUGCAAUGUCCUGAGAGCCUUAGAGUUCCCUGUUCUCAUAUUCUCAAGUGCUCCAUCUUUAGGGUUCUAUGUUACCAGGGCCAGUGCCUCCAAACACUCCAUUUCUUUGUUCCCAGGGUUGAUGUUCCUAGAAAUGUUUGUUCUUAGGGUUCAUAUGUCUCUUCAUUGAAAUUUUGUAAUUUUAUGCUGCAUAGGAACAUAUUUAAAUUGUUGUAAUUUGGCAUAUUAACUGUGUAGUUUGUAAGAUGUUCUUUUUAACCAUAUCUAUUUUAUCAUUUAGACACAAAAAAAAAGCCAUGAAAGUGGAACAGAGUUUGUAUUAAGGACACCUGAUGAACCUGAAUUUAACUGCAGCACUUACCCAUUAAACCAUCAGGUUUAAAGUCACUUAAAUAUAAGAUUUAUUAACCAAAUCCCAUUUAAUGAGCCAUUAUAAUGUAUCUAUGCAAACAGAGGUUUAAUCACUUUAAUGGUUUAUUAAUGUUUUUUUUUUUAAGUUAUAUAGAAACUUGCUGCAGUAACCUCACUGCCUGUGCAAUCCCAGUAACUUGGCCACGUGGCUUCUCAUUACGAUUUUAAAGACAUAAUUCAAAAUGUGUGUAGAAUACGGAUUAUUUAAUAUUUGUUUGCUGUGCCGUAUUCGAAGAAAUUUAAUUAAUAUUCUUGGGCGUCAAAAGGGACAUUCCUCUGAAACAUACUUCACAUCUUAACAUUCACUCUAGUCAGUACUGAUACUGCUUUUGAAUUGUGCAUCAUGGAGCCUUUCAUUUUGUUCUGUUUAUCUUCUAAUUUGUGCUUAGUGUCAUGUUCAAGAUUUUAUGGAAGUAUCUUGUAUACAAGUGUGAAGACAGACAGACAUUGAAUUGAAUGUGGACAUUAAAAAAAAGGCCUUGAAUUGUAUCUUAAGUGAAGCAGAGCAUAAACCCUGCCUGGUGAGGAGAAAGGAAGUCAAUAGUGUUCAGUGCUCUCUUAAGUGAACUGCUCUCAUGCAUGCUCAUGUCACUCCUUUACACCGGUAAAUAACUUUGUAUGCAAUUCACAGUUCAUUUUAAACACUGCUACUGCUCUGUGCACUCAGAUUAGUCAGCCUCCUCACUGUCACUAUGGAAGUUAAUAUGGGACAAUUUCAGAUAUUGUUGCCGUUGCAUGUUUCUCAACUAUGAAUAAAUCAGCAGGAUAUCCUUAA